AGGCGGCGGUGGGGGGGUCCGGUCGGUGGAGGGGUCCGGUCGGUGGAGACGAUGGCUGUGGAGACGCUGUCCCCGGACUGGGAGUUCGACCGCGUCGACGACGGCUCUCAGAAAAUUCAUGCAGAAGUCCAGCUGAAAAAUUAUGGAAAGUUUCUGGAGGAGUACACUUCUCAGCUGAGAAGGAUUGAAGAUGCCCUGGAUGAUUCGAUUGGAGAUGUUUGGGAUUUCAACUUUGACCCCAUAGCAUUGAAGCUUUUGCCUUACGAGCAGUCCUCUCUAUUGGAACUCAUAAAGACAGAAAACAAGGUUCUCAACAAAGUCAUUACUGUGUAUGCAGCUUUAUGUUGUGAAAUCAAGAAGUUAAAAUAUGAGGCUGAAACUAAAUUUUACAAUGGUCUCUUGUUUUACGGAGAAGGAGGCACAGAUUCCAGCAUGGUGGAAGGGGAUUGCCAAAUUCAAAUGGGAAGAUUUGUCUCAUUUCUACAGGAGCUGUCUUGUUUUAUUACCCGAUGCUAUGAAGUGGUGAUGAAUGUAGUCCAUCAGCUGGCUGCCCUUUAUACUAGCAACAAGAUUGCACCCAAAAUAAUAGAGACAACUGGAGUUCACUUUCAGACUAUGUAUGAGCAUCUGGGAGAACUUCUAACUGUUUUACUCACAUUGGAUGAAAUUAUUGACAACCAUGCCACAUUGAAAGACCACUGGACCAUGUACAAAAGGUUACUAAAAUCCGUCCAUCACAACCCUUCAAAGUUUGGGAUUCAAGAGGAAAAACUGAAGCCGUUUGAAAAGUUUCUACUAAAGCUAGAAGGACAGUUACUUGAUGGAAUGAUUUUCCAGGCUUGUGUUGAGCAACAGUUUGAUUCUCUUAACGGAGGAGUGUCUGUGUCAAAGAAUAGUGCUUUUGCUGAAGAAUUUGCACACACUAUUCGCACAAUUUUUGUUAAUGUGGAAGCCAAACUUGGUGAACCCUCUGAAAUUGACCAGAGAGACAAAUAUGUAGGAAUCUGUGGACUCUUUGUGCUACAUUUUCAAAUUUUUCGAACCAUAGACAAAAAGUUUUACAAAUCUUUAUUGGAUAUUUGCAAGAAGGUUCCAGCCAUCACUUUAACAGCUAAUAUCAUUUGGUUUGCUGAUAACUUUCUGAUCCAGAAAAUGCCAGCAGCUGCCAAACUUCUAGACAGGAAAAGCCUUCAUGCUAUUAAAACACAAAGGGACAGUUUUCUACAGCAGAAGGCUCAGUUGCUUACCAAAGAUGUACAGUCUUACUAUGUCUUUGUGAGUUCUUGGAUGAUGAAAAUGGAAUCCAUUUUGUCUAAAGAACAGCGAAUGGAUAAAUUUGCUGAAGAUCUCACUAAUAGAUGUAAUGUUUUUAUACAGGGUUUUUUAUAUGCAUAUAGCAUCAGCACCAUCAUUAAAACCACAAUGAAUCUUUACAUGUCCAUGCAGAAACCAAUGACCAAAACCUCAGUCAAAGCAUUAUGCAGGCUUGUUGAACUACUCAAGGCAAUAGAACAUACCUUUUACCGAAGAAGUAUGGUUGUGGCUGAUUCUGUUUCACACAUAACGCAGCAUCUUCAACAUCAGGCACUUCACUCAAUUGCUAUAGCCAAGAAAAGAGUUAUUUCUGACAAAAAGUACAGCGAGCAGCGCCUCGACGUGCUCUCUGCCCUCGUUUUGGCGGAAAACACCUUGAACGGACCAAGCACAAAACAGAGACGACUUAUUGUUUCCCUUGCACUGAGUGUUGGCACACAGAUGAAAACAUUUAAGGAUGAAGAACUCUUCCCUCUUCAAGUGGUUAUGAAAAAACUGGAUUUAAUUAGUGAACUCAGAGAAAGAGUCCAAACACAAUGUGACUGUUGUUUUUUAUACUGGCACCGAGCAGUCUUCCCAAUCUAUUUAGAUGACGUGUAUGAAAAUGCUGUUGAUGCAGCAAGAUUACACUACAUGUUUAGUGCUUUACGGGACUGUGUACCUGCGAUGAUGAAUGCAAGGCAUUUGGAGUCUUAUGAAACGCUUCUGGAUUGUUAUGAUAAAGAAAUUAUGGAAAUUCUAAAUAAGCAUUUGCUGGACAAGCUGUGCAAAGAAAUUGAAAAGGAUCUGCGCCUGUCUGUGCACACCCACCUGAAGCUGGAUGACAGAAACCCAUUCAAAGUGGGCAUGAAAGACUUGGCCCUUUUUUUCUCUCUCAAUCCAAUUCGCUUUUUCAAUCGCUUCAUUGACAUCAGAGCUUAUGUAACGCACUACUUGGACAAGACUUUUUACAAUCUGACAACAGUAGCUCUUCAUGACUGGGCCACCUACAGUGAAAUGAGAAAUUUAGCAACUCAGCGUUAUGGCUUGAAUAUGACAGAGGCUCACCUUCCCAGUCAGACUUUAGAACAGGGUUUGGAUGUUUUAGAAAUCAUGAGAAACAUUCAUGUGUUUGUGUCCCGCUAUCUCUACAAUCUCAAUAAUCAGAUCUUCAUUGAGCGAACCAGCAAUAACAAGCAUUUGAACACAAUUAAUAUCCGGCACAUUGCAAAUUCAAUUCGGACGCAUGGCACUGGAAUCAUGAAUACGACAGUUAAUUUCACCUAUCAGUUUUUGAGAAAGAAGUUCUAUAUUUUUAGCCAGUUUAUGUAUGAUGAGCACAUUAAAUCAAGGUUGAUCAAAGAUAUCCGGUUCUUCAGGGAAGUCAAGGAUCAGAACGAUCAUAAGUAUCCUUUUGAAAGAGCAGAAAAGUUCAACCGAGGCAUCAGGAAACUUGGAAUAACACCAGAUGGACAAAGUUACCUUGACCAGUUCAGGCAGCUCAUUAGCCAAAUAGGCAAUGCUAUGGGCUAUAUUCGAAUGAUCAGAUCUGGUGGACUUCAUUGUAGCAGUAAUGCCAUCAGAUUUGUUCCUGAUCUCGAAGAUAUUGUGAAUUUUGAAGAACUAGUAAAAGAAGAAGGGCUCUCAGAAGAAACGUUAACAGCGGCACGGCAGUUGGAUUCAGUCCUCAGUGACCACACACGGAAUUCUGCAGAAGGCACAGAGUACUUCAAAAUGCUCGUGGAUGUUUUUGCUCCUGAAUUCCGCAGUUCAAAAAACAUACAUCUCCGCAAUUUCCACAUCAUUGUUCCUCCCUUGACCCUCAACUUUGUAGAGCAUUCCAUUAGCUGCAAGGAGAAAUUGAAUAAAAAGAAUAAACUCGGGGCUGCUUUUACUGACGAUGGCUUUGCCAUGGGUGUGGCUUAUAUUCUAAAGCUUUUGGAUCAGUACCAGGAGUUUGACUCGCUUCACUGGUUCCAGUCUGUUCGAGAGAAGUACAUGAAAGAGAUCAGGGCAGUAGCUAAACAGCAGAACGUGCAAUCAACCAGUCAAGAUGAGAAAUUACUGCAGACUAUGAACCUAACCCAGAAGAGACUGGACGUCUAUUUACAGGAGUUUGAGCUGCUUUAUUUCUCACUAAGCAGUGCAAGAAUUUUCUUUAGGGCAGACAAAACUGCAGCAGAAGAAAAUCAGGAAAAGAAAGAAAAAGAAGAAGAAACAAAAACCAGCAAUGGAGACCUAUGCAACAGCUCUUCUCCCACCGAUCCUGUUGUGAAAUGAUGCUGGAGGACCGCACUGCUCAUCUGAAUCAGUAUUACGAUUUUCGUCCUGUUUCCGCUACCUUAGGGGUUAAACAUCUCUUAAUACCCUGACGGACUGAAAAAUCUUCAGACACUCCUCAACCUUACAACCCCUCUUCUAGGCAGUGCUUUAAAAUGUGAUCAUUUGUCAUCUACAGCCUCUAAAGUCUCUGCUUUGGGAAGAUCCAGAACAGAUUUUUUGAAAUCCGCUCUGGCAUUCAGCUUACGCAACAAUGUGCUAAGAAGCAGUUAUUAAUUAAAUACGUUGCAGAAGAGCAAAUCGGAAUUUCUUGUCUGUCAGAAUUAGACACCAGCUCCUUCUGCACCGUACAGAUUGGUUUUUACAAACCUUUAUUCCACAGUGAACAGGACAUCAUUUUGAUGUUUUGAACAGCCUUGGCACAGUUGAGAACAAGUAUUGUUAAAUCCAGGAAUACGGUUAUAUUUGGAGCCAGAAAUCCCUGCAGCAUAAACAGUUCUGUAAAGAGAGUCCAGUCUAUAUAUUUUAAGGAUGGAGGCCUAGCUGAUAAGUGCAUUUGCAUUGGGGGUCUACUGAUCGCUAGCCACGGUUUAAGUUGAUUGAGUCACAGAGAAUGGUGAUAAAGAGUAACAAAGAAGUCUCGAGUCCUUUCUGGAGUCCAUCUCACCACAUGCCACUCUGGGAGGAACGAGGAAGUUGAAGCCCUAGUCACUGCAUUAAAUGUGUCGAGGAACUUUAGAAUCAAGCCUCAGCAUCUUCUUUGAAGCUCACGUUGGAUUGAGGACAGUGAGAUGUGUGCCACAUUGUCAAGCAAGCUUGCCCUUCCAUAUCCACCCAGAUGGUGUCUGGCUACCCGGAAUUUCAACAGAGGACUGCGCCCAGGUCAGAGCCUUUCUUGGCACACAAGCUGGGGACUUGGUUUUACAUAGUUCUCCUGCAGGCUUGAAAAAGUGACCACUGUGAUGAUGUGAAAACCUCCUAUAGGUUUUACAGAUGAUGAAGGUUGUGAGUAGUGAUCCAGCAGGCGGCCCGCGAGUAACAAAAUGGCUCAUUUGGGGCUGGAGUCACUUGGCAAUGGUUGCUGCCUUCGGACUGAAAAAUGUCCCAGUUAAACGUGGCGUUCGGUGACCAGUUUUUCCAUUCUUUGUGCCGUCUUAUCCUCAGGGCAGACUUCAAAACCACCCAGCGUCCAGCUGGCCCUGAAUUUUCCUCUUGGCUCCAUUCAGUGUAACUUUCCUGCCUCAAGCUAAGCCAGGUUCUCUUAUAACCCAAAGGAUUCAGAAUAUAGACGGUUGGCUCUGCUUUUUCGGGAACAUAAUCCACAGAAUCCUAGAGGGGAAUCAUUUAAUCACUCACUUGUAAGUUACACUAGUUGCAUAUAGGGCCCUUAAAUAUGCUGCAUAAUUUUUAAUUUAUGUUUCUGAAAGUUUUUGUAAUGGUAAUUUUUUUUAAAUUUUGCAUUUUAGUCAUUCAGUCGCCACCAUCUUUCACUAACAGCAGAUGUUUUGGGAGAAGAGAAAUUGAGUCAGUCAGAUAACCCCCUCCCUUUCAUUGACCCUCAAAGCAUAUUAAUUUCUGGCCUCAGCAAGACUAAGCUUCUGCCUUUGCCUCCAAAUCUUUGCACACUCCGGUGAUUAAGAAGGAAUUCUUCUGACCUUGGCAUUACUGUGUGCUCUGUCUGGGCAACCAUAUCUGCUCAACCUGUCCUGUGCUAACGAUAUCAGCAGGUUUUGGAUGAAAUCCAUUAAUUUUACAGUGUUUAGUUCUAAAGUCGCUGGUCUGAGUAUGACCACGCACCAAGUGACACUAUAUGCAUCUGUACAAGGAUGGUUUUUCUUGGAAACAAAUUAGUGUUAAGUACUGAUAUCUUUUCUUAGCAUACUGUAAUUUAAUGAUGAACAUCAGCAUUCAUCUUAAAAAUCAAUGAUUUAACUAUUCAAAUUCUCAGGAAUUAAGGACCAAACAUAAUGUGUAUUCUAACUCCAUUUUUCAAAAAGAAGGGAUUUUGUUACCUCAGUUGUAUUUCUCCCCACUUAUAUGCAAGCAGAAUGCAUGAUGUACGUUAAAACAUGUCAAUAAAUAAUUUCAAGAACUUCCUUUACCUUGGUUCUUAUGUUCAAAAGUAAUUGUCCUACAAGAAUAUGUUUCAGUAUUUUAGUAGAGCAAACUGUCCUUACUGCCACUAAACACCCAAUUUUGCUCUCUUCAUAGCCUGCUAGUUGCACAUACGAAGAAAAUUGUCUCUAUUUUUGAUAGCCAAACCCAGGGAAAUAAUUAGUUUGCAUUUUUUUGCAUAUUUUAAUAGAGGAGUGCUCAACUUUAGGAGAGAGAAAAUGAGAAGGCUUUGCAUAGUAGUGAAUCUAUUCCUGGUAAUCCAAUAUAAUAUAUAUAAAUAAGAUCCUAGUUCUUUUUUAAGUGGUUAAUGAGGGGUGUUAGAGAAGUAAUAAGGUAAAAACCCUAAUUUGUGUGGUGCCUACACAAAGUCCAGAUUAUUUGGUCAUCAGUAUGUUGUGUUUUUUUUUACUGGGGAAUUGGGUACCUGUUGACUGGAGAAAGGUUUUUUAAAAGCUUAAGUUUUAAUAACAUUGACUUCUCAUGCAUGGCUCUUCUGGCUACUUCAUAUUGCCACACAAAAAUAGAAUUUCCUUCCAGUAAAGAAGAGAGGGGACUGAAGGCUUAAGAUCUGAUGGUGUUACUCCUUUGGCACCUUUGAUCUCUACAGUGUUUACCGCAUGGAGCUAGCACCCGUGAGGAACUCUUGGAAGAUUCCGAUGAAAAAUCUGCAGAGUAAGUGGACCCGUGGAAUUCCUGUGCACUGAAUUGAAGAGCUUAAUGACAAUGGCUGUAUAGUUAGGACUUACUCUAUACAAAACAAGUACUGGUUGUAGAGAAUGUAAAAUAAAGUAACUAAUGUUGGGAAAA